AUGGGACGACCCAACUGGCUUCGUGAAGAGGAUACAGACACUGACCCUUCAGAAGGGACAGGGAAUAAGAACAAGUCUAAAAUCAAGAGAGAAGAGGGAACAGAGUUUAGCCUGAAAAACAACGCCAAAUAUAAAAAGCCUCGGUUAUACUCCCAAAUGAUAGUAAAAGAGCUAACCCUCACCCCAUUUGCUGCACGGACAUGCGUCUCAUUGCAGGACUUCCCACCAGAGCCGGAUGUAGACGUGGCUGCACAGCGAGCUGCCGAAUUUGAGUCUAGAGAACGUGGUCUCUCAAAAAAAUGGUAUUUCUAG